UGAUUUACAGUAAUCAGAAAUUAAAUUGCUCUUUGCCUUUCUAUACCAAAAAAAUAGAACAUACCAAUACACUCGUGUCUUUUUCUAACUCAAAAGGAACAUUUCAAUGUAAUGCUAAUUUACAACUCUUCUCUGAACUAAACAAAACUGGGAUUUUGAUGUUGUUGUCGUAAUGUGCGGUCAGGUUUACGUCAUGGGUCUGGACUGUUUAGAAACUUCUGGGGGUUCAAAUUAUCCCGAGGGCCACGAACGCACCAUUAAAUUAACAUAUUUUUCUGAUGAACCAGGAUGACAUUUAUUUAAAAUUGGUUUAAAAGAGUAUAUUUAUAUCCCACUGAUGCUAAAUUGAAGGAGACAUCAAAAACGAGGCGGUAGGAGAUACAGUUUGAACGCUACAGGACAGUUAGCAUCGCUAGCUAACGGUAGACCUUAAAAGCUUAAAACGGUAACUAGCUAGUGUAUCGGCUUUUUAAUAAUUUAAAGUAGAUAUAAUAUUUAAUUCCACGGUAUUUAACUUCGUCGAAUGGAACUUUGUGAGGAUGGACAGCUUCAAAGUGGAUCCACAGAUAUAAAUGCGUGUGGAACGGAGUGUGAUGUGGUUCUCCGGGCUGGCAGCGACCAUCCCGUGAACUGCGACCCGAGAACCCUGCACAACCUGACGGCCUUAGAGAAGAGCUGCCCGCUGCCCACGCCCUGUGGCAAGGUGCAGACAGAGAUCGAGCCCCACAUGCGGAGCAUACUGGCAGUCUGGAUGUUUCAGGUGUGUGAGGAGCAGAAAUGUGAAGAAGAGGUGUUCCCAUUGUCGGUGUAUUUGCUGGACUGUUACCUGAGCCGCUUCGCCACUGAAAAGUCCAACCUGCAGCUUUUAGGAUCUGUUUGCAUGUUCCUGGCCUCCAAAAUGAGAGAGACUGUCCACCUGACGGCCAGCACGCUUUGCAUCUACACAGAAAACUCCAUUUCAGUUUCAGACAUCCUGCAGUGGGAGGUGGAAGUCGUGUCCAGGUUAGACUGGUGUCUGGCGUCUGUGGUACCCUCUGACUUCCUGGAGCCAGUCCUGCACGCUCUCCCCUUUGUUCAGCCCCACCACUUUCCUAACAUGCGCAGGCAUGUUCACUCCUACAUUGCUCUGUCAGUCACUGACGGCAGGUUUUCAGUGUACUCUCCCUCCACUGUUGCAUGUGCCUGUGUGAGCAUUGCCACACAGAGGCUACAGUUAUCGGACUCCUCUGAUUCAGUGAUGACGUUUUUGGCCAACCUUUUGGUCAUUGAUCUGAGCCCUGUCCUCCUCUGCUAUGAGCAACUGGGCAUUGUGUUGGAGCUCAGCCUACCCUCUGGUUUCCAGGCAAGUGUUAGCAGAUCAGGAGCAAACAGCUCAGAGAUCAGCUACACCCCUGCUGUCUUUCAGGAUGCUGUAUUGACACCAGUGACAUCUCCCCAGGAAAUCCAUCUCAAACACUCCUCCCUGAUAUGACAGGCUAAAAUGAAUUAUAGAUGCAAGUACAUGUGCAUGUAGAAGAAAGAGCCUAAAUAUCAAGAUAAAUGUUUCUAAAUGCCAUUUCUCUUUUAUCAUAGUUUUUUCCAAGUUCCUUCUGCGACAUGUAGAGCUUUUACAGUUUGAGAUUGCUUUUGUUAUAUCUACUUUUAAAAUAUAUAUUUAGCAUUAAUCUUGAUUAAUUGAAAAUGUAAUAAAAUCUUCAUAUCUGGACAGUUCUAAUGAUUGUGAAAAUAUGUUUUAUGCAUGGUUUCAACAUAUUCAAAUCCCUUGUGGCUUUUAUCAAUAUUCGGCAACAUAAAAGAUGUAAUAAAACAAUGUCCAGCUU